GCCCAACUAUGGCGCCUACAACUCAAUCACCUGGUAACCAAGCGCUAAAUGAUAUCGAGAAAAUCCGGGAUCUGGUCGCACGACGCAACCGAGCGCUCGACUCCUUAUACCUUGACCAAGAAGAGAAAGAUGAAUUACGUAAGGAUUUGAAUCAGACAGGUUGGCCGGUAACUCUUUGUAAAGGUGGCUCACAGGCAAUGAGGGUCAUGAAUGAGUCGUUCGAUACCCGCGAUCUCUAUGCACUGCUCUGUAUCAUGCGACACAUGAUCAUACGACACCCCGAUGUUGUGCCCGACGAAUUGAAUCUCUUCUUCUUGAAUCAGGACAGCAAGAAGUUCAGCAAUAAGUGGAGCAAGAUGCAACAGAAGUGCAACGAUAAUUGGAAUGAAGCAGAUGACGAGGACCUGAUAAGGCUGUACGAGGGCGUCAACAAGACUUUCAAGGAUAUUGCUAGUGAGAACUUCCCAGACUUUCGAGAAGCCGCGAAAAAGUUUCCGGAACCAGGUAUCCUGAUCGAGAUUGCGCAUCUGACAGCUAAGAAGAGGUUGACAGCUAAGGAAAGGAAAGCGAAGCAGAUGGCGUUAGCAGAUCAAUGA